AUGAGCGUCCAGUCUACCAACGUGAUCCUGAUGCCCCCACUGCCAGACAUGGGCUCUUCCGCCUACUCCACAGCGCCCAGCAGCCCCGAGAUCGUUGCUGUCUCCAGUCGCAAUGGCAACAAGAAGCGUCGCCGUCUUUCGCCCAGUCGCGACGGCAAUGAGGAACUCAUCUGCGCGCUGACCGGCGAGAGUCCAGCGCCUCCGCGGCCUCGCGCAGCCAACGGAGCGCCGCUCAGUGCCACUCAUGAGAUCCGUCUGCUACGGUCUCAAGUUGCCGAAAUGGAGGAGGAACUCCGCGUGUUGAACAACAAGUGGGCGGCACAUCUCCCGGACCAACGCACGUUGGCCAUCGCCCAGCGCUCCGCCAGAGAGAAACACGGUGCGAUUCAGACCGAGACGGCGCACAAUGAGCUGCAGCAGAUGCUUCUGCAACAGCAGUUGCUGUUCGCCACCCUUCAGUCCGCAGUGUUGCGUGCGCCGCUGCAUUCCAGUGGACAGGCAAUGUUCGAGGCUCUCCACUUCGAUACGCACCUUGGACGCGAUGCCAGCGAGAGAGAGAAGCUGUUGCUGGCUCACAAUGACCGUUCGCUCGCGACGUUGCCGUCCAUCGUCCACAGGUUCGCACAGAUGGCCAUGGAUAAAGUCAUGGCUACGCAGGAUGAGCACGGCACCAAGCCGGUUAUGCCGCUGUCGCAGAUUGACAUUACCGGAUGCAAGGACUAUACGCUCAUCUCGAGCGUCUUUGUGUCGGAGAUCCCGCACACGUCGCUCGAGGAAGUCUACGCGGCCGUCCUGGCCUACUUUGACGGCAUCCCGACGUCCAUGAAGCGCCACUUUAACGUCAACGCCAAGCGCGUCCGACUCAACAGUGUCGACUCGCCUGUAGUGUACCGUCGCUCGACUUUUAACGGUGCGGGACUGCCAGCGAGCGUGAAUAAUGUGGUCUGUUCGGAGCUUACCCCGUCUCAUGGAAUGGUGCACAUCGACGCCAUUACGGAAGAUCCGUUGCAUCCGAUAAACAGAUCUACGCCGUCGCAGUUCGGCAUCUGUGGCCUUACCAUUACGCCUCGUAAAGACCUUGUGACCGGUAGAACGGUGUCGGUCACACUGCGCUGGAUGGUCGUGUACCACUACAACUUACUGCCGGACGACCCGGCCAUCAGAAACGACCUGGAAAUCAUUCGCCCUAUUCUAAAUGGCGACCUGAUCACAGCUACUGUGUGCGGGUACAUUCAGGAGCGACAGCAGAACUCGCGCACAAUGUAG